AUGUCUGGAUUCGGUGAUCGCAACGGAGGAGGCUACGGCGGCGGUGGCGGCGGCUACGGCGGUGGUGGUUACGGCGGUGGCCGUGGCGGCUAUGGCGGUGGUGGUCGUGAUCGCGGCGGCGACCGUGGUGGUGACCGUAACGGCUACGGCGGCGGAGGUCGCAAUGGCUUCGGCGGUGGCGGCGGCGGUGGUGGUUACGGAGGCGGCGGCGGCUACGGUGGAGGCGCCGGCGGCGGUGACCGCAUGAGCGCUCUCGGAGCCGGUCUGAGGCAACAAGAAUGGGAUCUCUCUACUAUGCCCAAGUUUGAGAAGUCCUUCUACAAGGAGGCCCCCGAGGUCACCAACCGCUCGCAGGCUGAGGUCGACGAGUUCCGUCGCAAGCACCAGAUGACCGUCGCUGGCAGCAACAUCCCCCGCCCUGUCGAGACUUUCGACGAGGCCAACUUCCCCCGUUAUGUCAUGGACGAGGUGAAGGCUCAGGGUUUCCCUGCUCCUACCGCUAUCCAGUCUCAGGGCUGGCCCAUGGCCCUGUCGGGUCGCGACGUUGUCGGUAUUGCCGAGACUGGUUCCGGAAAGACUCUUACGUACUGUCUGCCCGCCAUUGUGCACAUCAACGCCCAGCCUCUGCUUGCCCAAGGCGACGGCCCCAUCGUUCUUGUCCUGGCCCCCACUCGUGAGUUGGCCGUUCAGAUUCAGCAGGAGAUCACCAAGUUCGGUCGGUCUUCGCGCAUCCGCAACACCUGCGUCUACGGUGGUGUUCCCAAGGGACCUCAGAUCCGCGACCUGUCGCGUGGUGUCGAGGUCUGCAUUGCCACCCCCGGCCGUCUGAUCGACAUGCUCGAGGCUGGCAAGACCAACCUCCGUCGUGUUACCUACCUUGUCCUCGACGAGGCGGACCGCAUGCUUGACAUGGGUUUCGAGCCUCAAAUCCGCAAAAUCAUUGGUCAGAUCCGUCCCGACCGUCAGACUCUCAUGUGGUCAGCCACCUGGCCCAAGGAGGUCCGUGCCAUGGCCGGAGACUUCCUCCAGGACUUCAUCCAGGUCAACAUUGGCUCCAUGGAGCUCGCUGCCAACCACCGCAUCACCCAGAUUGUCGAGGUUGUUACCGAGAUGGAGAAGCGUGACCGCAUGAUUAAGCACCUCGAGCAGGUCAUGGACGACAAGGACAACAAGAUCCUCAUCUUCGUCGGCACCAAGCGUGUCGCCGACGAGAUUACCCGCUUCCUUCGCCAGGACGGAUGGCCAGCGCUGUCCAUCCACGGUGACAAGCAGCAGAACGAGCGUGACUGGGUCCUCGACCAGUUCAAGACGGGCAAGAGCCCUGUCAUGGUGGCCACCGACGUCGCCUCGCGUGGUAUCGGGGCUCUCUUGAAUGCGCGAACUUGCCUGAUGAACAUGUCCACUUGGUUCUCUCCCGUGGGCUCUUGGCCUGCUACGUCCGAUGUGUCCACUCUUGUACCGGCUUUGCACUCUCAUGACGUUCGCAACAUCACACAUGUGUUGAACUACGAUUACCCCAACAACUCGGAAGACUACAUUCACCGUAUUGGUCGUACCGGUCGUGCUGGCAACAAGGGUACCGCCAUCACCCUUUUCACUACUGACAACCAGAAGCAAGCUCGUGACCUCGUCAACGUGCUCCAGGAAGCCAAGCAGAACAUCGACCCUCGCCUUGUAGAGAUGACUCGCUACGGCGGCGGUGGCGGUCGUGGCUACGGUGGUUAUGGUCGCGGCCGCGGUGGUGGCCGAGCAAAUGCCAACAGCGCUCCGCUCGGCAACCGACGAUGGUAG